UGGCCAUUGCAGUUCUCGCCCCCUUUCUCUAGGAAGCAGCCUUUGAAUACUCAGAUCAACGUGACAGACGACCAUCAGAGGGACAAGGAUGGAUAGACUGGAGUUACUGUAUGCUUCUUCUUCGGUGUGACCAGAUGAAGGGAUUCCUACCUUCAGUCAGCAACCAGGGGACACACGGCAGCUGAUUGUUAGCCUUCAGAGGUGACAGAUGCAGAAGUAGACAACAGUUAUAUGAUUAUUUAAACUGACUUUCUCAGCAUAGUAGUUGCUGAGUGUUAAAUUUUGGUGUUCUUGUUAUGAGUUGUUUAUCUACAACCAAUGAGCCAGAGAGCUGCAGCAGCGAGGAGAGCAGCUGCACCACCUCCUCCAUUAUUACCUCAGACUCAUCCUCUAUGUCUGGGCAGACCAACUCCCUAAAUGAUGCCCAGCAUAAAGCUCCCCCGCCCCCUCCCCCACCUCCAGGGGUACCCCCACCUCCACCGCCCCUAUCAACCAACCACAAUAUAAGGAAAAAGCGCCGGGUGCGCAGCUUCUUUUGGAAGACCAUCCCAGAGGAGAAGGUGCGCGGGAAGCCAAACAUCUGGACGCUAGCGGUGCGGCAACAGCAAUAUCAGAUAGAUGUUCGCUCUGUGGAGGAGCUCUUUGGGCAGCAGGAAGAUGCGGCGACAGCAGGCUUACGUGGCUCAACUGGAACAACUGGAACCUCAACUCGCCUUUCUAGGUCCCGUUCUUUUAAGGACAGCAGCAAGAAUGAGGUUAGCAUCCUUGACUCAAAGAGGGGCAUGAAUGUGGGCAUUUUCCUCAAGCAGUUUAAGAAGUCAAAUUGCUCCAUUGUUGAAGACAUUCAACGUGGAGAAGGAAAGGUUUACGGAGCUGAGCUGCUCAAAGACCUGAUGAAGCUCUUGCCUGAUACAGAGGAGAUCAAGAAACUGCAGGCUUUUAAAGGAGACCCAGACAAGCUGACACUGGUUGAUUCUUUUAUGUACCUGCUAAUCCAGGUGCCACGGUUUGAAGUUCGGAUCGAGGCCAUGGUCCUCCAGGAGGAGUUCUCACCCUGUAGUUCUGCAAUGAGUCAUGACAUCGAUGUCAUCAGAGCUGCUACUGAAGAGUUGAUGAACUGUGAGGAGCUUCAUGCUGUCCUUCAUCUUGUGCUGCAGGCUGGAAACAUCAUGAAUGCUGGUGGCUAUGCAGGUAAUGCUGUUGGAUUUAAGCUGUCCUCUCUCCUCUCUUUGGCCGACACCAAGGCCAACAAGCCCGGAAUGAACCUGCUGCAUUUUGUUGCCAUGGAGGCAAAGAAGAAAGAUGAAAAGCUGCUAAAAUUUCCAGAGAAUUUGCAGCAUGUGCAAAGCGCUGCCAGAAUUUCAGUGGAAAACAUUGAGCUGGAGUUUUCCUCCUUAUAUGUCCGGAUCAAAUCCCUGGAGGAGAAGGUCCAAGGAGAUGAGCAGUUACAGCUGCAACUGGAGCCAUUUCUGCAGGGCUCAGCACAGACGCUGCAGGACUUAAAGAGGCGCAGGCUGGAGCUGCGGAAAGAGGGCAACACUCUCAUAGAUUUCUUUUGUGAAGACAAAGACACCUUCAAGCUUGAUGAGUGCUUCCGCAUCUUUCAAGACUUCUGCAUUAAAUUUAACAAAGCUGUAAAGGACAACAAUGACCGUGAGCUGAGGGAAGCGGCCAGACUGAGGCGACUAAGAGAACUGAAGGAAAAACGCUUUGCCUGGGCGGAUGAUGACCAGAGCAGCAUCUUCAGUCGCAGCAGCAGUGAGAGCGACGUUGAAAUGCUCACCAAGGAAGGCCUUCUAGAUUUCUUUAAACAAAGAUCUCAGAGUCCAAACAGUCCACUUGGACGCUCUGCGAGUGCCCGCCGCCACCGUCACACUAUGACCUCUAUAGCAGACCGUGAACUCCAGGGAUACCUUGAGCUGUUUGCAGGCACUGGGAAUCCCACAAAUUCCUCCAAGUUUCACAGCCUGCCCCGGUUUGGCCGGCCUCUCCAGAGGAAUGCAAUGCCAUGGAUCUUUGGUAACAAUGAUAGACGAGAGUUGACGUCUCCACAUGCAGAAACUGAACCUAUUACUCCUCUAGUGGGAGUCUCCUCCUCUGAGCCAAACAACAACGAGAACCUAUGCAGCAACAAUGAUAAUUACUCAUCUGUUUCAGAGAACAGUGCUCGGCCUCGUUCCUUUUGUGUCUUUCAGAAGCCCCCUCAUCUUCCCAAUCCAGCAAUUACCGGCCAUAUAAAUGUAAGCCUGGAGAAACAUACUUUAGUUCGUGGUCCUCAAGCUUUUGACCUGCAGAGCCCAAACAACAACAGCAAGCACUCUGUCACUCUUGGGGAUGUUAUACUGACUGAUCUUGAAAAAGAGAUAGAACCUCCUCCAAAAAUUCAGUUUGAUGAACCUUUGGAGAAAAGAGCUAAUCCAAAAUCAGAUUUGGAAGUUCAAGCGGAUUCUCCCACACAGGCAGGAGCCUCUUCUGAGGGGGAGAAGGAAGAAGAGGAUUACAGCACAGUCUCAUCCACAACCUGUGAUACACCUCUCCCUCUGGAUACUUCUGUGUCGAACAAGAAGCCCAUGUUUUACAUCAUAGACUGCACAGAAACAGACUGCUCUGUAAUACUGGAUUACUCUGAGGCUGAAAGCACAUCUCUUACCAAAGAAGGGCUUCAGAUUGGAUCUAAUUGCAGCAAAGAACUCGAAAGCCAGCAAGUUCCAAUUUCCUUACACAAUGACCACUCCAUUUCGACUAGCGAGCUCUCAGCACCCAAAUCCCUGGAUACAGCAUCUUUGACUGCAUCUGCAACGACAGAGGACUGGGACACGGAGAGCUGUGACACAGCUGAGAAGCAGGCUUUUGAAAAGAACCAGAGGCAGGGCAGAAAACCGGUGAACUCAAAGAGUAACAAAGUGUCAAGGGGCAGCGGGAAUCGAGUGGUCCGGACUCUGACCAGCAGCGAGAGCCAAGGAAUCCGGAAAGUUGUGCCCAUCAGCAGGGUAAGCAGGACAGGCAGCAGCAAAAGGACUGACAGGCCUACAGUGCAUGAGGGAGGAGAGACACAUCGACAUCUUCGUGACCAGAGUACACCGGCAAGAGGAAGAGCUGAGAAGACUACAAGACCACCUCGACACUCAAGUGUACCUCCUGAUCAUUCCAAAGUUCAGAGGGGGGUUGGCCUCGCAGGUGGUGUGUCUAGAUGGGAGCGAGAUUCAACACCGAGAAAAGCCUCCCUCCAUAAGCCAAGCACCAAACCCCUGAGGAACAUCUCAAAGCCUGUGCAUGAGGAGAAGAUGUGCCGUUCCACUCUGAGAGCUCAGGCCCAGGCUCUAAUCCAAAGUGGAAAUUCACCUGAAAAUAGCAGCUCACAAACACAAACCACUAAGAACUCCUCCCUUGUCCCAAGCUUUGCCCGAAACACUGUAGCCUCAUCUUCCAGAACCAAAAGGGAGCUGGGGGUCCCAUCCGUCCCCAACACUCCAUCCCGCAGUCCUUCCCUUCGCGGGCGGCAAACCUCCACAAAGCAAAGUCGGGUGUCAGCAACGGUUCACAACAAUGAGGAAAAGCCUCAAGGAACACAAGUGCGACGGGUGCAGAGUGUCAAGGCUGCGAGUCGCAGUGCGUGUCGCAGUGAGACGCCACCUCCAGCAUCAACACGGGGAGAUAUUCGUAAGACAAGCAGCUUUUCUGAAAAGUCUGUGCAACUGAGAGACUCCUUUGUGUCUGGCAAAUCCACAAAGCCAAGCUGGAAGUAAAUUCCAACAUGUUGGAAAGUACCUAAGGACAAUUUUUCCAUAUAGAAUAGAGUGAUAUUUACUCGCCUUAUCAAUUCACAAUGCAGAGGUAUUCUCUCAUAUCAUGCAACAGUCCUAAAUCUGAAAUGUGUACCAAGCUAUCACAUCUUCUAAGAUUACUUCAGUAGUUGACGAAUUGCAAAAAGCAAGAUGCAAUUAACCUAAUUUUAGUUGUUUCUGUAGAAAAAGUACUUUUUUUAUUUUGCUCUUAAAAAGACAAGUGGUAGAUUGGUAAUCUUACACUAAAGCCUUUUUGCCUGCUUAGCUGAAGUUGUACAGAACCCUAUAUAUGAUGAUCAUGUUGAAAACUACUGACUCACUACCAUAAUGCUGCUAAUUAGCUCUGACAGCUCUUUUUUACAUUCAGGGUUUUAAAAUAUGGUACAUCUUGCUCCUGUUACUGUGCCUUGACAAAGUAUUGAUACCCAAAUAACUUGUUCAUACUUUCUCAUGUUACAACCAAAACUGAAAUAUAUCCAUUUAGCAUUUGGGAUACACUAGCACUAAAUAGUGUAUAUUUAGAAAGUAAGAAUGAAAAUGAUACAUGACAAUGCACAUGAGAGGCCAGGGCUGCAUACAGUUAAAAGUUGCCUAGGUAGUAUUGGUUGAAUCCAAAUUUCCUUUUCUUAUCUAGUAUUACAAUGUUUUAUUUCUCUUUGUGACCUCUUGCAUUUUCAGCAAUUUUAUCUAUGUAAUCUCGGUGGGGGUAUCUACUCCAGCAAGUGUCCAUCCCUCUACUUUUGGUUUCUACCUUUUAGAUGUGACAACAAGUCAGCUGUCACCAUCUAACCCCAUCUACUGCAUGUUCUUGUCCCACACCUACUACAUUUAUGUCAUUUCAUCUUUAAACGCCCCUCUUUAAGCAAUGGUCCAAUU